AUGGCGCAAAAGCAGCUGGCCGAUCAGAUGGCCGCGUUCAACAACUUUGACGAGACGGCCGACUCGACGUCGUUCGCCUCGAACAGUCUUCUGAAUGCCACGUGUCCGGCACGCAUCCAGAACGCCGGCAACACGUCGCUGCUCAGCGAGUACGGCGGAUCCUCGUCGCGCGGGGCGAUACGCCGUCCGAAACGCGAGCCGUUCAAGAUUUCGCCGCUCGAACAGAUUGACGAGGUGCCGCCGCACUCGUCGUCGUCGUCGCGGCGCCACAUUUCGAGAGUGAGUCGAGGAGGAGGAAUAAGAAAAUAAAAAUGUUUUUUUUUACUUUUUAAAAAGAUCGCUCGUGUUUCAGUACCCGGACAGCUACAAGACGAAAUUGUGCGACGCGUUCCGCCGCCAGGGGCACUGCGUUUACAACGACGACUGCCCGUACGCGCACGGCACCGAUGAGCUCCGCAUGCCGCCCGUAAACCCCAAAAAUUGAGAAAUAUCUGAAAAUUAUCGACAUUUUUGCAGCGCCGUCGCCCAUUCAUACGCAACAUUGAGCCGUUGCGCUAUCGCAAAGAAUCGCCCGACGUCUCGGUACGAGUUCAGCCGCACAGGCAUCAGGAAGUAAAAUUACGAGCUAAAAUGUGUUGGCUCAAUUUGUAACAUUUGUUUAGAAUCGAAAGUAUACAUCGACGACGAUGUCUCGUCAAAUUUGCAAAAAUUUCGAACGCGGCAACUGCAGAUAUGGACCCAGGUGCGAUUUGUCAAUUUUCCGCUUUAAAAUUUGGUGAUUUAAAAAUUCCAGAUGCAAAUACAUUCACCGCGAGCAAAUGGCGGUCUACGAUCAGAAUGUGUCGCUCUACGUGCCGUCCGAAUCGCCGAUGCCGUUCUAUCAAAACGGACAGUGCUUUGUGCCCGCCCAGCCGUAUUUUGUGCCCACCUACCUCACCAAUGAGCUCAAUCAGACGUAUUUUUUCUAAUUUGUUCGAAAUUUUUGCGAUUUCUUGCAGAAUGCCAAUGUACGCGCCGCAGCCGACCUACUACUAUCAGCCGAUGGCUCCGACACCGGUGAUGGACCAGGCGCCGACGCCGCAACCGCUGCUUCUGAUUCCCGAACUCGCGCCGCCGCCGCCGCUAUCGGAGCCCGAAAGAUUUCCUGAAGGAUUCUUCCAGAAGCCACCUCCACCACUCAUGCAAGCACAACUCAUCUAA